AGUAAAGAGAGGGGCUCGUUGAUAAAUAGAUGCGAACGCGCACCACAAGUAACUGGUAGUUUUGUUUUGACGGCGUCCGCCUCACAUCGAAAUGAGGUCGCUGGCUAUUACGUUAUGGGUGGCAGUAGCCAUCGCAGUUGCCGUUGCGGUGCCCGUCAAGGAAACUGAAGCUGAAGUAUCAAGAGAAAAAAGAUCACCAUUUGGAUGGCAUUCCGAACCCGAGGGUGUAUGGGAGAAGAAACUUAUAUGGCGCGAAGACUGGAAAAAGACGUGGAAGAAAGAAGCCAAGGUUGAAUGGAAGAUUGAACAUGUGAAGGAGAAAAUACCUGCUUGGAAAACGGAAAAGGUCCAACAAUGGCGAGAAGAACAAGUGCCCGCUUGGAAAAUUCAGAAAAAACCUAUCAUUAAGGAAAUCCAAGUGCCCAUUACUAAGGAGAUUAAAGUUCCGGAUUGGAAAAAGGUUUAUAAACCAAUUUGGCGUGAGAUCCAAGUUCCCGUGACUAAAACUAUCGAAGUUCCGGAAUGGAAGCAGAAUUACGUGCCUGAAUGGGUCAAAGAGGGCGUGCCCGGAGAGAAAUAUUUAGGAAAAGAUCAUCAUGGCUGGGAAUACACCAGCCACGAUCUUUGGAGGAAGAAGUUAGUGUGGCGCCCUGUUUGGAAAAAAGUACAUAAAACUGUGCAGAAACAGGAAUGGGUAAGUGAGAAGAAGCUUGAGUGGAAGGAAGAAUGGCAGCAGAUAUGGCGUAAAGAACACAAAACGGAAUGGCUAACACAGAAGAAGGAAGAGUGGGUUGAAGAGAAGGUUCAAGUGUGGAAAACAAUAAAGAGAGAAGUUUGGGUUCCAGUAAAGAAGCAGGUGUGGUUGGAAAAGACUAAAGAGGUCAAAGUCCCCGUGACACACUACGUUGACGUUCCCGUAUACAAGAAAGUUUUUACUCCCGUGUGGAAAAAAGUGUGGGUCCCACAUGAACAUCACGAUCACCAUGAACACCAUGGAUGGGAUUAAAAUUAGGUAGGAGCCAUAUAUUGUACAUAUAGAUACCAAACAUAGUCAUUUGUUAACUAAUUGUUACCAAUAAAUCCAAGGAGCGCAUGAGCGGCGUACGCAAAGGCGAAUGCACAUGAUUUCAACAUUAAAAUAGCCU